AAUUUGGGCCCGUGUGCGCAUGUUUACCACCAACAGGACAAUGGGUCAGAACUUAUGCAACUCGGGUCCCUGCGAUAUGGAAGAACAGCGUGAUGUAUUUAACCCUCGAUUCCAAAGCCAGGAAUGAGAGAGCCUGUCAGCUGUAUACAGACACAAGCGAUGAGCUGUUAUUUCCGAUAAAUAAAUCCCAGGCGAUAGGCAACAGGAACAAGGAAUAAAGUAGAAGGAUACUGGGAAAAAAUAUUUAUUAAGAUGAUUUCAGACUGUUAAAGUAUAGAGCCAGGACGUGGAUGGAACAUUGAAUAAAAAAGGAAGGAUUAAUACUGUAUAAAUACAUAUGAAUCGAAUAUAAAAUAAAAGAUUAAUAUUAUUAAGCGGUGAAAUUGACACGAAACUUUCACGACUUGUGAGGAGAAAAAAAAUUGGACAACACUGAAUGAUCAUAGGAAAAGAAGAAUACUUUUUCCUAUUAAUGAACGUGGAAAAUGGAGAAGAAGAGCAUACUAUUUGAAAAUGAUUAUUUCAAAAAGAUUCAUGCUAUAUUUGAAGGGAUUUGUUACGAUGAAGUAAUAUCCAAACCUCCACCAUCAGAUGGUAAGUUGUAUUGUUCCCCCAAACAUGAUGAUUUUCUGGGAUGUUGGAAUUACACAGAAGCAGGAACAACGGCAUCCAUUCCUUGUCCGGAACUCCCCGGAUUUCAUAAAACACAAAAUGUUUAUUUCGACUGCACUGACAACGGAACGUGGUACGUCAACCCUAGUACAGGUAGAGAAUACGCAGACUAUUCCAGGUGUAGAAACUACGAAAAUGCCGUAAAGGAGUUGGAAGAAGAUCUUAUUCACAUCUACCUGACCAUUGCCUUAUUUUGUCUCUCUUUAGUCUUGGUCUCCAUUUCUCUCAUCAUAUUCUUCAAAUUCAGACAGUUACGAUGUGACAGAAUUACGAUUCACAAGAAUUUGUUUAUUUCCUAUCUGCUUACGGAUCUGAUUUAUCUUGUUUAUCUUUCUGUUGUACAUUUUAUGGAAGAAGUCGUUUUGCAUAACCCGGUUUGGUGUCAAAUUCUCCACGUUGUCACGCAAUAUGCAAUCGUUUGCAACUUUGCCUGGAUGUUCUGUGAAGGACUAUAUCUCCACACUGUAAUAAUGAGCGCAUUCACAUCCGGAAAAUCUGUCAUUAUUGCAUGUCUAAUUAUUGGUUGGUGUGUUCCACUUGUGUUAACAAUAACAUAUGCAGCAGUCAGAGCUUCAAUGAAUGAUAACACGAUUGCGUGUUGGAGCGGCGAAAGCAGUUACCUAUGGAUAAUGUACGCACCAGUAGUAUUAUCUAUGUCGAUCAACGUGGUCUUUGUGGUUAAUAUUAUGCGCCUUUUGAUAACAAAACUUAGACAAAUACCGGAAGUCGCCCAGACUCGGAAGGGAGUUCGUGCUACCGCCAUUUUGAUUCCAUUGCUAGGACUACAAUUUCUUAUUUUUAUCAAGCGUCCAGAGGAUAAAGAUUCAAUAUUGUCAGUAGUAUAUCAUUACGUACUGGCUAUAUUUGUGCCGUUACAGGGUGCGUUCGUAUCCAUAAUGUACUGUUUCUGCAAUGGAGAGGUUCAUUCACUACUAAAACGAAAAUGGAGUCAACAUAGAGCGAUGUUGCCAUGGAAACAGAAGCGCACACAGUCUACCAUGGUGUCAAAUACAACAUAUACCUUAGUUGAUCAGAUGUCACAGGUCCAGACGUCUGUUACUUAAUUAAAUAGAUCAAACGAAAGCCGUGCUUAAUUAAUAUUGAUUAUUAACCGAUCCCCUAACAGAGGAAACGAAGUCUGUGAGCAGAGAAAAAAAUAUCAAUUCAUGUAUUUAUAAAUAAAAAUGUCAUGUACAUCAAAUUCGAUAGAUUCGAUUAUCAAUUUCCAAUUUAACUCUGUAUGGAAAUACUUCUUAAUGGAAACGAUUCACUGCUCAUUCCUCUGAAUCUACAGAAUG